AUGACGUGGGGCAAGACUGAGGCCAUGGAAGCACUACUGAAAGCCGGAGCAAACCCUGAUGGUGGAAUGCGGUUGGCACUACAACAAGGUGCCAAUAUCAACUGCAAAUCUGGCGCAGUUUCCCCUCUUUACUUGGCCGUUCUAUAUGGUAACUUUGAAAUCGCUCGCAUGCUGUUGGAGAAGGGAUUGGAUCCAAACGAGAACCCGGAAGGUUCUAGCCUUCCGUUACUGUUAGCGCUGGAACUUGGGCCUAGGAGUAUUAAGAUGUUGGGACUGCUUCUCGAUCAUGGAGCUCGAAUCGAAGAGGAGAAUACCAGCACCGAGUAUCGAAGGACUGCCCUUGCGCGCGCCGCCGGCAAGGAUGAUGUCAACAUUGUCAAGUAUCUUCUAAAGAGAGGAGCUGAUGUCAAUCAUGCCGGAAAAAAUUCUCACCCUCCCAUUUAUGCAGCGACAUGGAGUGGUAACAUCGAUAGUGUGCGUGUCUUGUUGAAGGCGGGUGCGGAUGCUAAUGCGCUUAUGGUGGAUCUCGAGACCCCUUAUCCGCGUUCUCGCGGAGAGGAUUCAGAUGAUGGGUACACUGCGCUGAGCCUCGCCUGCGACAAGGGAAUCGCUGUGCCUGUCCGGCUGCUCCUCGAAGCUGGUGCCAGCAGAAACCAUCGCACGCGUCUAGGCAAACGCCCGUUGGACAUAUGCGUGCUGAAUGAUAAUAUAGAUGCUGCUGCUGUUUUGUUGGAAUUUCGGGUUCCGAUUGACUACACUGAUGACAAAGAUAAUACCGUAUUGCAUCAGAUAUCAAACACCACCCCAUCGGAAUUAGUGAGAAAGCUGGUUAAUGCCGGAGCGGAUCUUCAUUCAUCGAACAAGAAUGGUGUGACACCUUUGCAGGUCGCGGUUGAUGCUCGAAAUAUCGCUGUAGUUGAGUACCUGUUAUCUAAGAAUGCCGAUCCCUAUCGGUGCAGCAACAAAGCCCAUAGCCUUCUUCAUAUUGCCUGCGAUAAGAAUGACCUGUCACUUGUUCGCGUCCUGGCGGAGAAAGGCAAGAUGGAUCUUCAGCUUGCAGACUCGAUAAAGGGAGCCCCGUCUCUUCUGAUGACCCUGGUCGAGACCUGGAGGGAACCGAACAUGGAGCUUCUUGCUUACCUUGUAGAUACAGGUAAAGACAACUUACAGCAUCGAAGCCGGAAUUUGGAAUACCCGUUACUCGCAACUUUCGCAUUCCGACAUAAACCCCAGUUUCAAUACCUGUUGGAACAUGGGGCAAAUCCCAACAUCGAAGACUCUAGCGGGCGACGGCCACUUCAUUUCGCCUCCCUAGCGACAAGUCUGACCGACAUCUUGGUAAGCUUCAAGGCAGAGACUUUGGUAAAUGGACAACCGCCACGCGACAAAAUGGGACGAAAUCCCAUUCAUUUUGCGGCUGUGGGCGGACACUGUGAUGUUUUCCAAAGAGUAAGCGAGCUGUACGACGAAAGUGAGCUUACAACGCCGGACAAUGCUGGGUGGACACCUCUCUUCUGGGCCCUUCUUAAUGACAGUGUCGAUGUCGGACUUGUUGGACACCUCGUUAAACACGGGGUUGAUUUAUGGGCUCGAGUCAAGAGUCGUAAAGCUGAGUGGUCUCCGCUGAAACUCGCUCGCUAUAUCGGGGUGUCGGAGGAUGUGUGCAAUCUGCUUAUUCCUGACCCCCUUGUACGCGUUGUUGGUCCAAGGGACAAAGAAGAGCAUUGGGACGAACAGUUUCAUGUUAGUAGAAAAGCUGCAACGAACGAAAACAGGUCAAUCCGUGGAAUAAAUUACAAAUGUCGAGUCUGUGCAAACUAUGACCUCUGUUUCCGAUGUUACAUGUCCAGGGGUAUAUUUCACCGCACGCACCCAGAUCAGGACGAUUGGGAUGAGAGGGGGCCAGAAUAUGAGUAUGACGAGACCGAUCCACUGAACGAUGAAGGCCAGAGAGGGGACGAUAAGAGUAUAUUCGACGAGGGCACCACACCGAGCACAGAAGUGGAUUCAUUAGGCGCUUCCUCCGACAAUGAGGAUGAUGGCGAUGAUGGCGCUGAUGGGCUUGACGAUUUGUCUUCUGACAGUGAUUCCGUCUCGGCUGCCGAGAGUGAUGGGGAAUUGUCAGCAGCUGAUGACGACGAUUGA